AUGACCUGUGGACUGUAUCCAGGCCCUCUCCUGGUUCUGCUUUGUCUCCUCCACAGCUCUGAGGAGUCCUGUCCAUCCAUGUGCCUCUGUAUAUCUGAUACAGUGAGCUGUAGCUCCAGUGGUCUGUCCAAGAUUCCUCUGUUGCUGCCCUCCUUCUCUGCCACCCUCGACCUCAGCCACAACCAUCUGUCCUGGCUGGGUCCCAACAGCUUCAACAAGAUGCCCAGAUUGGAAAACCUCCGGAUGUCCCACAAUCAGCUGAACGCCUUGGGUCAGGGGGUGUUUCACAACGCCUCCGGACUAAGGUACCUUGACCUGUCUUCCAACAAGCUGCAUGUGGUGGAGCAGCACUACUUCCAGGGGCUGUGGAGGCUGGAGGAACUCCUCCUCUUCAAUAAUAAGAUCACACAGGUAGAGGCCGGCACACUCAGUGGUCUGAGCAGCUUAAAAAAAGCGUAUUUCAGCCUUAACCAGAUCACGCACUUCCCUUUCUUCAGCAUUCAAGACCACAGUCAUCCUUUUCUUACCAUGUUGGACCUCUCAUCCAACCGCAUGAGUCGUCUGCCCUGGGAGGAUGUGAAAGCUUUGCCUGGGUUGGUACAGCGGGGGCUGUAUCUCCAUAACAACUCUCUGAUCUGCGACUGCUCCAUGUACAGUGUAUUCUGGCACUGGGAUCUGAGAGGUUAUGAUUCACUGAAGGAUUUCACGGAUGAGCACACUUGCAGUAUCUACGGGGACCCACGAGCUUCCAUUCAAUUCCUGCGACACACCCGCUUUUUCCAAAACUGCACUGUGGAGAAAGCUGUAUCACUGCCUGUGACCGUGCUUCUCUCCAGGGUGUUAGUUUCAGAGGGAGAGACAGUGCGUCUAGACUGCCAAACGUCCCUGAGCAGCACAGACCUCUCAUUUAAAUGGCUCUCCCCCAGCAAAGGGUACCUCACCCAAGCCAGCAUAAAUGACACCCUAAUUAGUUUGUUUCCUAAUGGUACCUUGGAGAUCCAAGCAGCAAAGGUCAAUGACUCAGGUCUGUACGUGUGCACGGCUGUGGAUAUUGAACAGGCACUGAAUGCAACUAGAGAAGUGAACGUCACAGUGCUGCAGCCAGCACCAGAGUCUUUCAACACAGGCUACACAACAUUGCUCGGCUGUGUGGUAACCCUGGUCGUCAUCCUCAUGUAUCUCUACAUGACUCCAUGUCGCUGUAGCUACUGUAAACAGCCCACACCUCCAGUCAUUCCCAAUGCAAUUUAUGACCCUAGCACCUUAUCCUCUGUUUUUUCCCCCUCCUUAAGAGACCAUCCCAAAAUGCAAGCUAAUAAGCACGUGGCGUUCAUGGAUCCAAUGAUAAAUGAAGACGGAACAGAAUGGACACCUGAGAGUUGA